CUGCAUUGUGUUCUUGUUGCACACAACACUGACUGCAGCGGUGGACUCCUUCCUUCCUCCUCUUCUUAUUCUUCUCCGCCGCCGGCCGGCCGCCGCCUCCGCCUCCGCCUCUGCGUGCGCGUGAGGUCCAUUGAUUUGAUCCAUUCAGUUCCUGGGAGAGGAGAAGGGAAGAGAAGAAAAGAUGCUGCCUUGGAUCUUCAGCCGGAAGGGCGCGUCGGGCUUCUCCUGGGCAUCCACCGCCGACCAGGUCACCGCCGGCAUCUCCGCCGCAGGGCUCACCGCAAUAGUCACCGGGGCGUCGAGCGGGAUCGGCGCGGAGACGGCGCGGGUGCUGGCGGCUCGCGGCGCCCACGUCGUCAUGGCCGUCCGCAACCUCGCCGCCGCCGAGACCGUGCGCCAGGCCGUCCUCGCCGAGACCCCCGGCGCGAGCGUGGAGGUGAUGGAGCUGGACCUCUCCUCGUUGGCCUCCGUCCGCAAGUUCGCCGCCGACUUCGCCGCCAGGGGCCUCCCGCUCAACAUCCUCAUCAACAACGCAGGAGUAAUGGCAACCCCUUUCUCCCUCUCAAAGGAUGGCAUCGAGAUGCAGUUUGCAACUAACCAUGUCGGGCAUUUCCUUUUGACACAUCUUCUGCUGGAGACCAUGAAGAAGACCUCUCAUGAAUCAAACGUGGAAGGAAGAAUUGUUAAUGUUUCGUCAGAGGGGCACAGGUUUGCAUACAAGGAAGGCAUCCGUUUCGCCAAGCUAAAUGACGAGGAAGAGUAUAGCACCAUUGCAGCAUAUGGGCAGUCAAAGCUUGCCAACAUCCUACAUGCUAAUGAACUUGCCAGGAGAUUUAAGGAAGAGGGUGUUAACAUCACUGCGAACUCUCUGCAUCCUGGAUCUAUUAUCACGAACCUUCUUCGCCACCACAGCAUCAUAGAUGUCAUGAGCCGGACGCUUGGUAGACUGGUGCUGAAGAACGUCCAGCAGGGGGCUGCGACGCAGUGCUACGUGGCACUGCACCCGGGCGCCAAGGGCGUGUCGGGAAAGUACUGGAGCGACAGCAACCUGUACGAGCCGAGCGCCAAGGCCAAGGACGCGGAGCUGGGGAAGAAGCUGUGGGACUACACCCUCGACCUCGUCGCAGCCUGAAGAAUACCGGACCUUGUUUGGUUUGGUUCAUCGGGAGAUGAAGGAUAUGAGAGGAACUCAAGCCAGUGGUGUAAUGUGUUGAGUAUGGCUAUGUGGUAAAACAGAUAGAUAGGGAGAUAAUUUGUUCCAUGUGGUAAAUGAAGAUGCAACCAAGAAUUUUUGUUGGUGCGGUAUGAAUAUGCUCUCCCUCCCCUCCCCAAGAAGAGGGACAGGGAGUGUCGUCGAUACGGUA